AACUCGGACAUCGGUGGUUGAGAAAUCCCAAACUGCGGCUGCCACAGGAACUUUCGGAUUAGCUGGCUUGCUCAACAGCUAGCCAUCUGCAGUCGCACUCAUCGGAUACGUAGGACGGCAGCUAAACGGUUGUCUUUAUCAACGGUUACUGUAAUGGGACCUGCUCUCGACUUGUUCCAGUUUCUUUGUUAAUAAAGACAUGGAACUCUGCCCAGGUAGCUGGCGGGCGAUAUUGUUGGCCCCACCAAUAAACUUUGUUAGCUAGCUAGCAAAAAAAAGAACAAGUCUUAGAGGUGGAGCGGCUAAUUUAGCUGUUUCUCACUGGUUAAUUGGCUUACUUGCUAUGGCCUCUAGCUAGCUAGCUUCACAAAAGCGAACUGAAAGUUUCCAGAGAUGUUUUGGUUUUUGAUGCAUUGCUAUACUGUCGCAAGGCUGUGCUUUUUCGUUGAUUAUUGUUAACCAACGACGCUGUUUUUCUUUGUGCCAAGGAAUACUUCUGUCAAGUGAUCAUAAAUCCGGGCCUUUGAUUUGCUUUGAUUUGAUGCGCUCGGACUGCAAUAUUAGAAAGGAAUUAAUGUCCAUGGGCGUUGUUGCUUUAGUUUAAAAAGUCAAGAUUCCACCCUUACGCUUAAAGGUUUGCAGGAUUCUGGAAAAACUUCUUAUGGUUUCUUUUAUCAUUAUUAGAACCGGGUAGUGGAAGAAGCAGCUAAUUGUUCAGUUGUUUGGUUCGAUUUUGCCGGUCCGAGAAUAGCGGGCAGGCCAUACAUAACUGUUUGAUGAUUAAGAAAGAAAAAUCUGUGAAAUCAAUCAAAAUACAAAUCGACCCACCCUUUUUUCUCCUGCCACAUGAAACGUUACCGAGCUACAGCUCAUGUAGUUUAAAAUCUGAAAACAGUACAGCGUUCAGCCUGUCAAACUUCCGCAGGAGAUUGGGGGGUGAGUCUAUUAACUGCCCAACCUUGGGUGGCACAAGCAUCACCGUCGGGUGUUCUUUGAAGUUUGUGUCUCGGUCAUGGAAGGUGUUGGUGGGGGCAAUCUGCAGAAGAUGACUCCCCUAGCGCGAGAACUGACGCGAAUUUUCAACAACUACAAUAAGCACUCAGGUUUACUGAAAAAGAACUUAAAGGAGACCAACAACUUUUUCCGGGAGAUCCGACAGAACUACAGCAAUGCAUGCGCAUCUGCAACCAGCUCGACCUCCGCAGCUCUGGAGGCAGGGCAGCUCAGCUGUAUCUCCUUUCCUCGUCAUGAAGAGGAAUACCUGCACAAUAUUGUUGGCAGUGCCCCGUACGUCCUGGUGCUGGGUCAAGACUGUGCUGCCCGGUACCAGCUGCUCAACUGUUUGCUGGGAGAACGUCUCCUUCCGUUAGGUGCUGAGGCGGGUGGGGCCUGUGGAGUCGAGGGCAGAGACUGCAAGCGUCGGAAGCUGUGUUUCACUCACGGCAGGCAGACGCGACUCAGCCUUGCAUUGCCAGGCCAGUAUGAGCUGGUGCACCAGUUAGCAGCUCACUGUGGGCGCUGGGAUACCGUUCCUCGCGAGGACCUGGAAAUCCAGGAGGAAUGCGAAGAUCCCGCCCACCGUUUAGCAGAACUGGAGAUCACACUACAUCAUCCAUUGCUGCAGGAGGCGAAGAUCAUGGUGGUGCCGUGCCCCAGUGUUCAGCCCGUAGAGGAGGCUCUGGAGGACUGCACCCGCAGCGUCAUUCCCGUCAUCCUCUACGCCCUCAGCCAGGACCAGCUCAGCGCCGAUCAGGUGGCUGACCUGCGAAAGGUCAAAGAGUCUCUCCCCUACCCCAUCUGCUUCAUCCGAAUCCCCAACACCCUGCAGGGAGAUGCUUCGCCCGAACCCACCCGCGGCGGGGAGCGGGACCGAGACAGGGAGAAAGAGCGGGAACGCAGCCCUCUACACAAGCAGCUGCUGUCUCUGGGCUUCCUCAGCAGCACGGCGGGAAACUGCUCUUGUGGAGCCCCGUCUCAGACGCACAGCCACGCUGCUAAACCCCAGAGUGUUUUAGGGGAAAGCUUAGAAAGACUACACCGCCUCCUGGUACCCUUUGCCAGACAGGUGCUCCACAACCAGCAGGUGGAAGCUGCCAACCUCCUGAACGGAGUUCACUGCCGCUGCCUAGACCUUUUCAUCAACCAGGCGUUUGAUAUGCAGAGGGACCUGCAGAUAACGCCAAGGAGACUGGAGUACACACGUGAGAAAGAGGGCGAGCUCUUCUCCUCCCUCAUGGCCAUCGCUAACCGCAAGCAAGAGGAGAUGAAGGAGAUGAUUGUGGAAACUCUCAGCAGCAUGAAAGAACAGCUACUGGAGGACGCCGCUAACCUGGAGUUCACAGAUAUUAUUGUGACCCCGAAUGGAGAACCUGUUACGUCGAAGGACAUAAAGUCGUGCAUUCACCAGAUCCAGGAGCUGAUUGUGGUGCGGCUGAACCAGGCUGUGGCCAAUAAGCUAAUAAGCUCGGUGGACUACCUCAGAGAGAGCUUUGUUGGCACGCUGGAACGCUGCCUGAACAGCCUGGAGAAGUCCAACAUGGAAUCCUCGUCUGUUCACAACGUUACCUCCAACCAUCUCAAACAGAUUCUGAAUGCUGCAUAUCACGUAGAGGUGACAUUCCACUCAGGGUCUUCGGUCACACGCUUGGUGUGGGAGCAAAUCAAACAGAUAAUUCAGAGGAUAACGUGGGUGAACCCUCCCGCCAUCACCCCGGAGUGGAAGAGAAAAGUGGCCCAGGACGCCAUAGAGAGCCUUAGCGCGGCCAAACUGGCCAAAAGCAUCUGCUCCCAGUUCAGAACGCGUCUCAACAGCUCCCACGAUGCUUUCGCCGCGUCUCUACGUCAGCUGGAGGAGGGACACACAGGUCGGUUGGAACGGACGGAGGACCUUUGGCUGCGCGUGAGGAAAGAUCAUGCUCCGCGGUUGGCUCGCUUGUCACUGGAGAGCCGCUCCCUCAGAGACGUCUUACUGCAUGGAAAACCUAAACUUGGCCGGGAGCUAGGGAGGGGUCAGUAUGGAGUGGUCUACCUCUGUGACAGCUGGGGGGGGCAUUACCCCUGUGCUCUUAAAUCAGUGGUACCUCCCGACGAUAAACACUGGAAUGACCUGGCACUGGAGUUUCACUACACCAGAUCUCUUCCUAAGCAUGAGCGUCUGGUGGACCUCCACGGUUCUGUUAUCGACCAUACGUAUGGUGGUGGGUCCAGUAUCGCUGUACUGCUGAUCAUGGAGAGACUACACAGAGAUCUCUACAUCGGUCUGAAGGCUGGGUUAUCUCUAAAGGAGAGGCUGCAGAUCGCUUUAGAUGUGGUAGAGGGAAUUCGUUUCUUGCACAGUCAGGGGCUUCUCCAUCGAGACAUCAAGCUGAAGAACGUUCUGCUGGACAAGCAGAAUCGUGCUAAGAUCACAGACCUGGGCUUCUGUAAGCCAGAGGCGAUGAUGUCUGGCAGUAUUGUGGGAACUCCCAUUCACAUGGCACCAGAGCUGUUCACAGGAAAGUACGAUAAUUCGGUGGACGUGUACGCUUUCGGAAUCCUCUUUUGGUACCUCUGCACGGGCUCGAUCAAACUCCCGGAAGCCUUUGAAAAAUGCUCCAGCAAAGACCAGUUGUGGACCAAUGUAAAAAAAGGUGCUAGACCAGAGCGGCAGCCCGGCUUUGACGAGGAGUGCUGGCAGCUGAUGGAAGCCUGCUGGAAUGGAGACCCUUCCCAGAGGCCUUUGCUGGGCAUCGUGCAGCCAAGCCUGCAAAGCAUCAUGGUCCGACUCUGUGACGGCUCAGACCAAAAGAGCACCAGCCUAGAGGACUCAAACUGACUCAGAAAGGAAGAAAGAGCAUGUGACAGGCAGGGGAGAGAGAUUAUGGUCCCAAAAAAAAAAAAAAAAAAAAAAAGUAAUCGGUUGUAUGAAAUCAUUUACAAGAUGGACAGACUGUUAUGAAUGACUGAGAAGAGUUUACGAAUAAUGAGUAACCAAGAUAUACCUUUCUUUCCUGUUCCUAACAGGAGUCUAUUGUACACUAUUUAUGAUGACCAGACAAAUACAAAUACAAAAAUGUGCACAGAUAUGUAAGUGUAUGUGUUUGUGGCGUCUAUAUUUAUGUAUGAGUUGUAGCGUACACUAUGCUUUCCUCUUAGCAUGCACGCUAAUGUCUGCUUUGUCAUAGGAUUGUUAC